AUUUUCUCGAAUGGCAUUCAUGGAGCACACUCGCAGUAGCAGCGGCGCGUACGAUGUGUCCGACUCGGGUAGUCAUGCGACUGCCAGAGACGCAUUCGUGAUCAUGUCGACACUUUUGACGGCGUCGGUGCCGCGUGCGUACUUGGAGUUGUGCUCGCAGAUCCUCCAGGAACGGCACAUGCGUGAUGUGUUCGAGGAGCGGUCUGUGCAGCUACGAUGUGGGUGGCCGCUGUGUCGCGAGUCCAUUGCGAAUCGGCGACCUCAAAAGUAUCGCGUGUCUCUCGCCAAGCAGCAGGUGUACAACGCGCGAGAGGAACAGCAGUUCUGUGGCGACGCUUGUCUCCAGGACGCCCGGAAGUACGUCGCGUCGCUUCCGAUCAAGCCGCCGCAAAUGCUGCCGUCGCUCACACAGGUCUUUGGCACGUCCAAGCCCCACCCAAAGGACUACGACGAGUCGCGACCCGCAGCUUCGUCGCUAGGCGUUCCGCUACCGAAGCACCCUAUCCUCGGUCCAUCCUCGGCCUCUCGGCGUGCCACGUCAGCCGGGCCUAAGGUCGUAUGGGCCAAACAAGCUGGCAUGGGCGUGAUUGAAAGAGACGUCCAGAUCGUUGAACACGUGGCGCCACCACGGCCGUCCACUGACUUUAGCACUGCCAACGCCGUGCUCAUCGAAGGCUACGUGUUUCCCGCGCACAAGGGGAACCGCGCGUCCAAACUCGCCAAACGUUUGGCGGCGGCUAGUAGUACUAGUACUAGUACUACUACUCCGGACCCCCUGGACGAGGAGGAAGUGUUUACAUCCGACGAUGACGACACCAGCAGCGGCGGCGACUCGUCCGCCGCGGAAGAGUCGAGUGAAGACAGCGAAGGCAAUGUCGACACAUUCAGCGCCGCCGACUUGUCACCGUUUGCAUCGUUGUGGUGGAAAGUGAGCGAGAUGGUGACCCCUGCCACCAUCCAAUUGGUGGCGCGAUUUAACGGCCAAUCAAACGUCGAAUACGUGGCAGCCCCUGUGACAUCGUCCACGGAUCUGGACAACCGGCGGCUGUUGUUUGGGACGUUUUGUACACGCCAGCUGCCGUUCGUAGUCCAAGCUUGUCACGCCUUGAGGAGCGACCGCGGCGUUCAGAUGAACAUGAGCGACGUGGUUCAAACAUUACAUCUGCGACAACCUAUAGAAGGCACACGGGUGUGCGAGUGGAACGCCAUGUGUUUGCUGCUGCUGCUCGUGGUGCAUGGACGGACGCCUACGACGUGGCACAACGCCAUUGCUCCGUACGUGUGCUUUGUCUGUUGUUGUACGAGACUUUUUGUAUCUGUUUUUAUCGAUAUAUAUAUAUAUUUGAUUUUUUUCGUGGAAACGGAUCGUAUGUACUAUAUAGGACGUCAUUGAAACACUUGACGGGGCUCGAAGUCUGUGAAAUGGACCAACUCAUUGGAGUGUUUUGCGAAACCAUGCACGCAUACGUGUUGGCUGAUCAACUGGAUGGCCCCGCGGCGUCGACCAAGGCUAUUCCGUCGGCUACAACUGCCGCGGCGGCGGGAAGAACGCAGUGCCGCAAGUGCCGCCAUCGGACCUGCCAAUGCAAGGCGAAAGCAGGCGACGCUAACCGAAGCGAGUUUUCCGACGCGGAGAUCGCUGCUAUGAUGAAGGAGUCACUCAAGAUCCAGGAAAUGGCGGAAUUUGGGGCGCUGGAUUAACAUAAGGAUACUGUAGACAUAUGAAGGGCGCUUGUCAACCCCGCUGAACGAUUGGCUCUGAAUAGAUGUGGAUAUGAUCGCCGAUUGGCUAUUCAGGAAAUACUUGUCACUGAUUGGAUCAAAUGAUUCCCCCUAG